UCUGGUAUUUCAAAUCUUAACUCUUCCAAAACCGUCUUCGACUUUCUCAUCUAAAACUAAAACCCUCUCUCUCUCUCUCCCUCUGUAACAAGUCUUUGAUGUGCAGAGCUGAAGUAGAAGAAGCAUGAUGAACCCAAAGACCGAGAAGUUGGUGAGGAGGACAACCAUGGUGGCCACUGUCACUGCUUCCUAUUUUCUCUUAACCGCUGACUAUGGCCCAGAACCCAACGCCCUCGAUCCUAUUAAGAAGGCGAUACUGUCAGCACAAAAUUCUGUAAAGGAGUAUGUAUUUGGAUCAAAGAAAUAACCUCAAGAGAGACAAACGGAGAAGCUGGGACCCAAUAGUGCAAAGGAACAUCCUUCGUUGAUGGGCAGCUCACUUUGUACAGGAACAUAAUGGGUUUAAAGUUUUGCUACAACAUUGUUGAAUAUUUGAAGGUUGUAAUACGAGACCCAGUUCUUUUGACACAUUUUGUUUUUUGCAUGGAUAUCUCGUAUGCUUGGACCUCUUGCUGGAAACGAAUACUUGCUAUGAUGUUUACGUGCUAUGGAUUGAACAUCCUCUUA